AUGCCCGGUCCUGUCUAUCGGGACUUAUCAUACGAUUUUAACGGACAGCAUACGCAUUUUUCCAUCACACAACACGGAAACGUGGAUUUGGUGGUUUUCUCAUCGUUAGGAAGGAUUGGGCAAGUCACUGAAGUAAUUUUUCCCGAGGCAAUCAUAACAGAAGCAUUGUCAACACAACAACGUGUUGAUUACGAUACGAAGUUACUACUGGGAAGUGACGAGGUAUUGUGCUCAUAA